AUGGGAACUCCGUUGAUCAGUCCAUACUACACCAACAACACCCUCGACCUGAGGAUCAAGUCAGUCGGCAGCAAGUCUUCUCGCGACUUCGAAAAUAGCGAUUACGCAAGGGUCAAGAUUGUGAAGACUCUGCAACCAUCCACAACGUCCGUGGUCAUGGUCGUCGAGCUUCUCGAUCCGCCUGUAGAGCAGGACCAAGACCCUUUCGCUCCUGGCAUUACACCCCAAAAGUUGAUCCUCAAGAUGUAUGACCGUCGGUUCUCUCCCCGUUUGCGGGAGGAAAUGGAUGUCGACGGACUAGCAACACGGGAGACGGAGACGCAGUUCUUCAGCUUCCUGGAUGACGGCGGCAUGCCUGGGUUUUUACCACUGUACCCAAAUGCUCGCUCCUCACCAACUGCCACCUGGAGCACAGCACAAAAGGAGGCGUACUUUGCCCUCAGAGCCGCCGAUAUGAACAAGAGCGAAGUGCUGGCGUAUCACCAUCUGGUGGAUCUUCAAGGGGAUGCCGUCCCGGUUUUCCACGCUGACGUCCAGCUAGCUCUGCGUAAUUCGCUCGGCCAAAGCUUCCGCCCGUUUGCUGGAGUUGAGGGGGUCCUGCUCGACUACAUCCCGGGUUUUCCAUUGGCUGAGCUGGGUGAGAAGGUACCCGAGGUCGAGUGGCCGGCCAUCUGCGAGCAAGCUAUCGAGAAGGUGAACAAGAUCAUCGACCACCCAUUCAUCAACCCCGACAUGGUGCUCCAGAACACACUCGUCUCGGGCGGCGAGGGCAGCGGGCAGUACAAGGUCCAUUACAUUGACUUUGGUGGGUGCUUUUUCCGCCCCGAGUCCGACACUGACGAGAUGUGGAGGCAGCGGAAGCGGCGGGCCUGGGAGGAGGGUAAGAUCGGCCACGACCUUUCUAGCUCUCUCUCAGUGGCAAGGAUAGACAAUGCGAAGAAGAGGUAUGAGGGGAGAGAUGCACCUGAUCUGCCCCCUAUGGCAUGGAAGUUUAUGCCGUCGAAUCGUUUCGCGGAUGUGUAA